AUGGGGCAGGUGCAAAACACCUGCGAGAAGUUGAACGCGCGCUAUGUGGAGUACGGGGUGAACUUCGCGGAGGACAGCGAGCACCUCACUGCCUUCCUCGAAGCGCACUCCCAUCCGUCCAAGCGGGUGGUCCAGGUGGAGGGGAUGGAUGGAGACGGCAACGCCGUCAAACACACCUUCAAGCUGCACGAGCUGGAUGCGAAGAAGAAAGAGGAUCCCUCGGGUGACGUCGAGUCCUGCGUGUCCCUCGCCACCCUGUUUGCGAAGGAGGUGAUCGGCAGGCUACAGUACCGCAUGCGAAGCUUGAAGUCCCUCGUUGGGUCCAAGCUAUUUCUGCCAGACGCCUAUCCGGAUGGCGUGAACAAGCGCGACCGUCUGUGCGCGGAGUGGUUCAGCUCCCUUCGCAAGAUGUUCAACGCCGAGCAGUGCGCUCUGCCAGACUGGGACAACGUGGUGAAGCUGUGGCGCGGGGCAAAGAAGAGGCGCCCUGCCAAAGAAGUCAGUGGAGUGGCAACUGCGAAGCGCAGGGAGGCAGAGACGGAAGCGGCAGGGAGGCAGGGAGACAGGGAGGAUCUAGCACCUAACACGACAGCUCAGAAAGCGCCGUCCAAUGACGACGGAGAAGCCAAGAGGAAGAAAGCCAAAACUCACAUAGUAGAUAGCGACAGUGAGGAUGAAGGAGUGGAUGUGCGUGCAACUGUUACACUGAGUGACAAUGAGGCAUCUGGCUCUGACUCAGAUAGCUAG